UUUAAAUUACUGACUUUUUACCAUGAAAGUUGUUUAUUGGUUUAAAAUUAACCCAUUAUAAAUCCUAAGUUUAAAGUAAGUUUUUAAAUAACUACUAUAAGUACGUAUAAGUUUUUAAUCAACUCGUUAUUUACCUUUUAACAACCCUGGUAAUUUUUCAACUAAGUUCCAACCCAAUUUCAACUAACCAACAACUCUCUACACAUACACAUUCACCAUACUCGAGCGUCGCGCGUCGCCUAUCAUAUUUUUGUCUCUCAUUUUUCUCAGAUCUCUCAGUAUUCUUUUGUGGCUGGUGGUGACAAGUUAUUGUGCGCGAAAGUUAUUGUGAAAAAAUAUAAAUUAAAUUUAAAAAAAUAUCUAUCUGUGAAAAAUUAUUAAGAGUACAUUGUUAAUCAAAAUGUAUUGUGUUGUGGAGACGCUCGAAGAUGAAGGGAAGUUCGUGACGGCAGUUCCCAAAAAUUGGGUCAUCGAUGGAACGAAGCUAUUAUGGCCAAAGUCGGAAAAAUUGCAACACAGCAUCGGAUGAUUGGCAAAGCAUAGCAUGCAAAUUAAUAUUUGAUGACAUCGGUUCCUGGGAGGAAGCAGUUCAGAAGGAAAAGGAUGCCGAGUAUUUGUCUUCUUCUGAAGAAAAUACGGAAGAAGAGACCAUCGACACCAAUUCUUCGGAAUACAUGACAGAUCUGAACAAAUUGAUGUCAACUUUGAUUCCUAAUUCUGACGUUUCCCCGUUCACCCCCCCAAAUGAAGAUGUUACCAUCACUAAUGUCAUUUCCGAGUUAUACACGCAUGAAGGUAAAAAAUGUAUUUUAACACUAGUACCAUUUUCAAAGUCGUUUUUAAACUCAAGCUUAUCUUAGACUGGGGUUUAUCCAAUGUUAUUUGAAUAGGAUAAACUCCAGUCCCUCUUAGUAACAGCUGAGAUAGCAUAUAAGUUCUUUCACUAACCGUAUUACUUUUUUUUUGUAUUUUACUAUAACUCUUAUUUUAAAUUGUUUAUAGGCCCCAGCACCAGUACCCAAUUCAAGGAACUGUCGUCCAAAAUAGACGAAAUUUUGGAAAGACAGCGUUCCACUGAGGUGAAGGUGCAGGCCAUGCAAGGAAUGCUGGAGGCAUUCAUGGCGAAGUCCGAAGUUUCGGUCAAUUUGUUGGCGUCCAAAAUUGGAAAAGACAAUGCAG